UCCAACAACAUCAAACGUGUCUCUUACAACAACGACAAAUCUAUAGCGAUGAUGCACACUCUAACACACCGAAAGGACCGCUUUGAUAUAUGUGUUACCUAAUUAUUUAAAAGAUGGACCUGCCACCCAAGCCAUCUCCAUAUCUCGAAAUACAACACCGCCACGUUUUCCGGACCGCGCAUCAGCAGAGUACACGCUCACCAUGACUCCUCCCAGCUUCCUCUCGGAGGCCUUUGGCUCCCUUUUAUAUGCUUUAGCUGAUAUGCAGCCUCUAAUUUUGGUCUAUUUGCAUCUCAUCAUCUCAGCUCUGCUCCCAAUCUACGCAGCCUCGCACGCAUCGCUGAGCCGCCCGUCCUCCGCGCAACUGCCGGAGAAAGGCAAGCAAACAAAGGGAGACGAGGUCGACGAUGAAGAGGAAGAGGAGGAUCUCAAGGUCCACGUGAUGGAAGGCCUCCACCCGUCCGACGCGGUGAUGUUUCCGAUCCUCGCCGGAAUUACCUUGACUUUUCUAUAUGUCUUGAUCAAGUGGGAGACCAAAUGGUUGAACACGAUCCUGAACGUGUACUUCGGGGUUUUAGCUCUUCCCGCAACUACGCAACUUCUCAGCGAUGUCCUACUGGCUUUCACUCGAUUUCUAUUCCCUCGCAAGUACACCUAUGGGAAUCGGCUAUUUGUGGUGCUCCAAGAGUUCGAGGAAGCCCGGGCGGUGGGAAAGGAUGGGCAAACCAAUUCGAACAGGUCUUCCCCCUUACCGGGAUCUCUCUCGAAACUGCCAUUCGGAGACGGCUUGACCAAUAUCCUUUGGAAUAUUCGAGGCUUUCUGACUAUGAAACUUACUCUCCGGAUCAAGGUCGGGCGUCUCCUAUCAUUGAAGACUCGCUUUGGAGUCCAAGAGCUCAUUUCGGCCUUCGUCACGGUCAUGGUCAUCCUGUACUACAACUUCGUAGCCAAGCCUUGGUGGAUGACCAACUUGAUGGGGUUCGCGUACUCCUAUUCAGCGCUAAGAAUCAUGUCCCCGUCUACCUUCGCCACGGGCACCCUGAUGCUGGUCGGGCUUUUCUUUUACGACAUCUAUAUGGUGUUCUUCACCCCGAUGAUGAUUGCAGUGGCAAAGGCCUUGGACGCUCCCAUCAAACUCAUGUUCCCCCGUCCACCCCCUCCGUCCGCGGGACCAGGACAGACAUUCUACUCUAUGCUCGGGCUUGGUGAUAUCGUCCUUCCCGGGAUCUUCGUCGGACUCGCCCUGCGCUUCGAUCUGUACAUGUACUACCUCCGCAAGCAGACGAAGGCAGCUACCUCAGCGAAACACUCCCAUGAUGAGGCUUCGGGGGACCGAAAGUCCUCCGAAGAUGCCACGACCGAGGAGCCCCAGGUCUCCGAAGUCCUCUUUAAAGCCAAAUAUCGCGCCCCAACGAACCUCUUCGAACGUUUCUGGCUUACUUCCUGGUUUGAAAUCCUCGCUCCGACCUUUGCCCGAAUCAGUCCUUUUGUCGAGACAUUUCCGAAACCGUACUUCCAUGCCUCGCUGGUUGGGUACAUCCUCGGCCUGUUGGCGACCCUCCUCUCCAUGCACCUGAUGCAGCAUGGCCAACCAGCGCUUCUCUACCUCGUCCCUGGCGUCCUACUCGCCUGCUGGGGUUUGGCUAUCGUCCGUGGUGAAUUGUCGACCUUUUACAACUUCUCGGAACACGAGGAACCCGAACCGCCCUCUAGCACCACAAAAGCGGCGGCGACGAAGAGGCCUGCGGCUGCGUCGGUCGAGGAACUAGAAGUUGGUGAGAGGGACAAAUCAGCCGCGGCUAGUGCAUCGGAGCAGAAGCCCUUUCUGCUGAAAGAAUCCGAGCCCGAAUCUGCUGAAAGCAACCCAUCCGACACCGAUCCCACCGAUCCCACUCGGUCUCACGCACAACAGCACCAGGAUAUCCCUCACAGCGACACGACUGAAGAGACGCCCAAGACCAUCAAGUCCGUCCGCUUCGAACUCCCCGAACACCGACCCCGCUCGCCCGGCAACUUCGAAGCGCGGAAGGAUCGAGAUGACGAAUCGUCUUCUGUGGAAGCAGUGCUCUUCUUGUUCUCCAUCACGAUGUCAACCCGUGGGAGGAAGGCCAGGGCGGAGGUUACUGACAAGGCGGUGCCGACUGAUACUGGCGCGGCGACUGGGUCUGUGAGGAGAAAUGGGGCGGCCGUGGCUACGGCAGUCGAUGCCAGUAAGGGAUGGGGGAACAUAAGAGCUCCUGGGUAUACUAAGGCGAAACGUAUAAGACUGGAUUAGGUUUGCCUCGACCUCAGGUAUGCCGUAUUGGUGUGCACAACGCAUGGUACUGGCAGUAUGGCUCUCUCGGAGCGUUAUGGAAAGCAUUGCAUGGCGCGGAUUACUCGGUAUAGCUGUGGCUUGCAUUAUCUUGUAAUAUUAGACAUAAACCUCAAAUGGGAGCUAUCCUCGCUUCUUCGUAGGAAUCCAAGGAUUGCAUGACGGUAUACACGGACUGGCAUAUUCCUCUAGUAUUCCAUAGGUCG